AUGUCGUCGUCACCUCAUGAUCCUAACUCUUCAUCUCCUUUACUGCCGCCGCUCUCCUCUGGACCAGCAACCGCCCCUCCUCCUGUCUUCGCUGUCCCAGCCGAAUCCAGAGAUCAGACUAAGAAUUGCAUGCACCCUCGACUCACCCGCCUCUACGAUCCCUUCAAAAGCUACCAAUGCUCUCUUUGCCAUCGCAGUGGGACUGAUGCUGGCUGGUUCUGGAGAUGCACUGCUGAUACUGAUGGUUUCUUGCCCGAGUCGGACUUCGCCAACAUUCCCGCUCAAAAGAUCGUCACCACCAUACUACCAUCCGCCACGACUCUGUCAAACAUGGUCGCCUCUCUUGAUCCAGCUGUCGUCAGCUUUCUUGACGAAGGUGACUAUUCAAUCGAGCAGCUCGACACUGUCCCUCUCCUCAAUCCUCCAAUUCUUAAGGGUAUCGCGGGUCGCCAGUACACCCACGACCAAGUCAAGAAGCUCCUCAAACAAAAGUUCGAUGUUCAGCGUGCCAUCCUCGCCGACCUGGGUGCAGACACGAGACCCACUACCGCGUCCUCUGCUGAGCAAGAGUCGACUGCUGCAAGUUCGAGCGUCUUCUCGCGCAUGAAUACCCUCCCUACGAGCACCACAUUCUCGACCAUGUCUUCUACUGCUCCCGAUGAGGAAUUGCGCCGAGCUUACAAUUGGGCUGAGCUUCAGCGUGUCUUUGGCUAUGACAAGACAAACGAGAUCGCAGAGCCUGAUUCACGUCUACCGGCUCACCUGCAAAACCUCCAGCGCUUUGACAUCUUGUCAAGUUCACCAAGUGCCGAUGUGCGCGCACAAGUGCCAAUUGCAGAGCGAGCUCCCCUCACCGGACAGAACGCGACAUCCCACAUCAUUCCUUGCUGCAACUUCAGAGUGUGCCAGCGAUGCCGUCCUCACUAUCAACUUCGUGGUAUGCCCAGUAUCGAUGAGGUCUUGGCCAAUCCGGUUCCCCCACCAAUGCAUGAGAUCAUGAAUCGUCCUGUGGCAAAUGCUAGACAUAUGCUGCAGCUUGGUCUCCGCAAGCCCGUCCCACGUCCUGAAGCCAGCGAGGCCUCUGAUCCCUCUCUCCUCAGCUCCACCGAGGGUCUCUACGAACCCGAAGAUGCAGAGUCAAGCAAGUGGGACACUUACUUCGGCAAGAUCCCUGCGGCUGCUAUGGGUGAGAGUCACCCGAAUGACGACGCUGAGGAUCAAGAGGAGGCGAAGAGAGGCAAAGGCAAGGGCAAAAUGGUCGCAGUUGCAGAGCCAGACCGUAAGGAUGAAGAUACCAGAGGCUCUGGAGCUAACACCUACCAUGAUGACGAAGCCACCAGCAAGACAACUCAAGACUCGGCAAGCAGCCAUCGCGAGGAAUCCAACCAAGGUGUCAAAGUCACACAUACCGCCCGACCCCGCAGCGGUUUCCGCGAGACUGUUCGCAAUGCUCUCCGUCGAGCUCGCAAGGACUCUUCUGAUUCUCUUGCCACCAAUCAAGGCCAAGAAGAAGCUUCGCCUCGUCUCAGCUUCGAGUCCACUAGUCGCUUCUCGCCUUCCACAUUACUUAGACGCCGUCAGAGCAAAGUUCCGAGCAACGCUAGCCGUACGUCUGUUGUUGGCAACAACUCUCUGGAGGACUCGCUCAGCCUGAUGAUCGCGACCAACACUCCGUUACCCGCUAGCGAUCAGCAAACUCCCUCAUUCGCGUCCGGUGUCGGUCCUCUGCGUGCCGGUGUGAAGAAGCCAUCCUACAGUUCUCUCGGCGAAGCAGUCCGCAAGGCUGGUGAGAAGGCUAAAGAGAAAGAGGAGAGAGAUAACUAG